AUGCCAGAGGAUUCCCUUCCUUCCAUGUGGUCCUAUACUAUAACCGUAUUAGUCCUAUGGAAUCCUGGCUUAGUGGCGGGAACAAUCGAAGAAGUGACCAACCAAGUCCGUUCCAUCAAAUCCAACUACAAAUACGAGAGGCGUGACGGUACGAACGCCUCGACGGCCUCCCUAGAGAAGCACUACGACGAGGAGAGUCUGGUUUGCUACCCGAAUGGGUGGGGCGCUGCGGAUGGCAACACGGUUCAGGAGGGAGUUGAAUACCUCAAGAAUGACGUUGCUGGCAAGCCUACAAAUGGGCCCGGACCUGGAAACUGUGGCCGAGUGAGCUGCAGUUAUAACAAUGCUAUUUGGUGGUGCAAUGAUAACACCGAAAGCAAAACUUUGGACUCGUGCAGAGAGAUUGGUCUUGCUGCUGAGGAAAUCUGCAACAGGUGCUGGAUGUCUGCUGUGGCUAGUAACUCGGGCUUUGAGAAUCUUUGUGCUGGUCAGAUGUUCAUGAAGGACAAGUGGAAUGUGAUUGUACGUGAUGCGAAGUUAUCACUUCAACUAUGA